AAUCAGUGACUAGCUUCACCAAUUUAGAUCAUCUAAAGAUUGUCCUGAAUAAUCACCAUCCUGCACUGCUUUGCAGACAAUCCUAAUUGCAAAACUGAAGAAAUUCUUCCCUUGUCAUCGUCGGGGACGUGAAGAUUCCCUCGCAAUUCCUUAUUGCUUCGAAAAAGAAGAAUCCAGUCGUCAUCAGUCGCUGUCUAGUCAGGUUGACUAAAGAGAGACGCUUGGCCCCACCAUCCGGCCGAAAAGUCUUUCCCACGUUGCCGAGGCGGCAAACAGAUGAUACCCCAUAUCCGGGGGAAGAAGAAAAAGAGGAGGAAUCAAAGGUAUACUCCCAAACAAACGCUCCUCCUCCAGUGCCGCGCCAGUUUAGACGCCACAGUGGUCUCGCGAGCGCUCAGUAAAAGCGUGUCAGAAGCACGUCCAGGAUUUUUUUUUUUUUUUUCAAGCGUUUUGAUCAUGUGUGGAAUUGUUUAGUUUGUGGAGUUUGUUGCUUUGUUUUCUCUCUUUCUCUCUCUGCAAAAUGUGUACGAUGGAGGCUGGUUCUGUGGGACCAUGCGAGGGGGAUUUGUCCCCUAGGAGUGAUAUGAGGAAGAGUAACAAACCCCUCAUGGAGAAAAAGCGUCGACAGAGGAUCAACAGAUGUCUGAAUGAUUUGAAGACGCUUGUUCUGGAGGCCCUGAAGAAAGACCCAUCACGGUACAGCAAGCUGGAAAAAGCUGACAUUUUAGAGAUGACGGUACGUCACGUGCAAGCUCUCCAUCGUCACGAGUCUGCAAACGGCCGAAUGACAGGCCUUAUCGUAGGUCGCAAUGGACGCCCAAUAGGCCCAGACGAGAGGGCGAAGUAUAGAGCUGGGUUUAACCAGUGCGCCGUUGAAGUCACCAGGUACCUGAACGGCGUGGCUGGUGUUCCUAGAGACCUCCACUCAAAAAUCAUAGCUCAUCUGAAUUCUAUCUCCAGCGCCUUCCCGCAGUUCCAGACGCUGUCUCAACCGGUGGCGAGUGGUCACCUCAUGAAUGGUACUAGUGUUGGACAUCAUAUCAUUCCAGCCGUUUCGUCCUCCCUACCAGCGCCCUCGCAUGUCGUCGCUACAGCCGCUGAUUCCAGCACGAUGGGGUCUUUGGAUCCUCUCCCAAAAAAUGGCGUUUCCCAGACAGAAAACCAACUUGAUGACAGUUCGAUGCCUUUGUUAAAGAAGCCAGAAAAUACUGAACCCACCACAUCUGUAACAGUCAGUGCUGGGGUGACACUAGUACCCGCGAGGCUGGCCAAUGGGCAGAUGGCUUUGAUACUUCCACCUGGGACUAACAUUCCUUUUAAGUCUCAAAGGGAGAGCGCAGGUAUUUUGUCUGGGUCGGUAAACUCACCCAGAGCGAGCACGAAUGCCGAUGGAGGCACACAAACGGAAAACUUUAGUAAAAAUCAAUCGGUUGCAAGUAGCGUUUUGCAACAGGAUGUUCAUGCACAGAAAUACCAAACUGAUGGUUUAACAUCCCAUUCUGUAUAUGGAACACGCGAUACACAGAAUGUUGUCGUAGGUUUAUCUGUGCAAGGCCCAUCAGAAUACUUUAAAACUAAUCAAAAGGCUGCUUUCAGUAGAUAUCUGUCAACUGGUAGUUCAAACUACACAUACAGUGAUCCCAAAACAAUUGCUGAUCCUAAGGGGCAUUUUGAAAUGUCAUUACCAGCAAGUUCUAGUUUAGACGGUGAGAAUGGAACUUUCCCUGCAGUGAGCACAUCUUUGUCCCAAACUACUUGCCGUCCAGAUCUCUCGGGAAACGCGCCUCCUGUAUCGAACGAAAGACCCCUGUGGAUAAAACCUUAUGAGAAGGAAGGAAAGAACCCAUCACAGUGCAGCCAUGUUGCCAUCAGCGUCUCUAGGCAGCAAGAAACUGACGCCCCUGGCUCCAGGUCUGAUUUGCAUCCCACCAGUCAGACUGUACUGAUCAAACCAAAGCCGCAGUUACCAACGGGGGCGUUGUUUCUCCACAGCAGCAGUCCGGUGAGAUGUGAACAGAGCUUGAAAUAUGCUAGUUUUGCCUCUCCCUCCAGUGUGUCUUCUAGAACAGCCUUCGACAGUCACCACGCCGCGGUGGCCCAAGAGCCUCUCAAUCUAGUGGUCACCGGUGACGAGCGAUCACGCGAAGAGAGUGCCACUUUUCAUCCAUACUCUCCCUCCUCGUCGUUAUCAUCGUCAUUACCAGAAUCUUCAUCUUCGUCAUCUUCCACCCCUUCACCGUCAUCAUCGUCCUCUCCCUCAUAUUCAGCAUCUGUUUCAUUAUCGUUAUCUUCUCCACCUGUGUCAUUUUCGGCAACAGUCACAACAACUUCGUCGUCACCAUCAUCGCCAUCAACGUCAUCACUAUCAUCACCGUCACGUUCGCUUAAGGCGCCAUCGUCCUUCCAGGUCAAGAGAAGGGUUGCUCCCUAUGAAGUUCCGGUGGCGGGAAGCAACGGGGAGGCCCAGCCUUGGAGGCCUUGGUGACAUCAAGGUAUAUAGAAUAAGGGAUACCAUUCUAUAUACCUUGGGUGACAUUAACCUACAUCUGCUUGACUGCUUUAAAGCCUUUUGAUCGUAAGGAUUCAGAAGAUAAACCUUAUUCAUAUGGAACAACCCUGAAGGGCCCAUUGACUUAAAAUUCAAGCAUCCAAAGAAUUUAUAGGGUUCAUUUGGAAGAAAUAACAAAAGAUAACAGAAAAUGCAGAGAAAACAGAUCGCUAAUUAGAAAAGAACAAAUGAAUUAAAAGAUUAAUAAAUGAAUAGAUAGCUAAGCAAAUUACAAAUGAAGAGAGAAAUAGAAAAACAAAAGAAUAAUCCUUUUUUUAUGCAUUUUUUCCUUUGAAUAUUUGAUAAGUGGUGAGAGAAUUUGGUGACCGUCAAGUCUAGCGACACUUGUGUGGUUGAAGUUGUCUCGUCUCAGUGCAAAUGAAAAUGAUACAACAAAGAAGAAAAUAGGACUUCAGUAAUAAAAAACAAACUCAAUAACAUUGAACUUCAAUCACAAAUAAUGUCUUGAAGGUCUUCACGACUAACAUAAAAUAGGAAAAGGUUGAAGAAGAUCUUUUUAGUUGGCAUAAAGAUGUCCAGUGUGGGAUCGUCAUAAUCAUCCACUUAGUAUAUUUCAGUUGCUCAGUUAUCGGCUGGAAACUUUCAUUCUUUUACCACGAUAGUUUUCACGAAUGUCUAAGUAUUCAUGUUAGCGCUGAAUUUCCAAAUUAAGGAUGUGAAGAUUUUGUCUCUUAACAAUGAACUUCUUUGGAAAGAAUUUCUGGAAGUGUCGAGUGUUAUUAUCUUUGAAAAGCUACCAGUUGUAAGUUUGUGUGUGCAUGCGACAGAGACAAAGGUGAAUGAUUUAUGAUUAACCUUGAUAAGUUCCAUUAUUGUUAACAUUGUUGUUGGUUGUAGAUAACCAAGUUCUAAGUUUAUUUUUAUUCUUGAGAUUUUAAGGCCAUGGAUAUAUGUGCAAUGUUAAGCGUUAGCUGUGUGCAAUUAGUUUUAAUACCAUUAUCCCUUGUUAGAUAUUAAUUGGC